AUGACCGGCCUCAAGCGCUCCCUGGAUGACGCUUCUCAUCAGCAUGAGGACCGUCCCUCGCCCCAGGACACCGCGUACCCGAGACUGAAACCUGCCUACCCGACGAACAAUGCGCCCUCAUCCACCACCUCGUCAGCCUCGUCCUUCCGCAAUGUCAGCGCUUGCAAUCGAUGUCGCCUUCGCAAGAACCGCUGCGACCAGCGACUACCGAACUGUGCGUCGUGCGAGAAGGCCGGUGUCAAGUGCGUUGGGUACGAUCUUAUAACCAAGAGGGAGAUUCCGCGAAGUUACGUCUAUUAUCUGGAAUCGCGCGUGGCAUAUCUUGAGUCUCUCCUCGUGGAGAAGGGCGUUCCCUUUGCGCCAGCAGAGCAAUUCAAUCCUCCACUCACACCAUCGAAUGGCCGAGCGGUAACCAGCCACGCGCCUGGCCCGGACAACUCGCCGCAAGAACGUAAUGGCGCUUCAGAAUCAUCAGGAGGCGGAUUAAAGCAGGACGAGGAGGACAAAUAUGACCGCGAGAAGCUUUCAAAACUGGUCAGCAACAUUGGCAUGGUAUCGGUUCAGGGUGCAAGCGAUCCACGCUUCUUGGGGUCCACAUCGGGCAUUUCCUUUGCGCGGGUGGUGUUCGCGGCUGUCAAAAGCUCUGUCUCAGGGGCGACAUCUGAGAGAGGGAGUGUGCGGGGUGCAAAGUCACUGACUGCUGCUAACGCAACAGAUGGCGGGACGACCAUGAGGGAUUCCUUCUUCGGCCUCCAUACGAAACCGACAUUCCGUCAAGCACCAUUUCCGGAUAGGGAAGUGGGACUCAGGCUGGUUGAACUGUACUUUGAGCAUGCCAAUCCUCAGAUACCCAUCCUGCACCGGGGGGAAUUCAUGAGCAUGUUUGACCGAGUCUACGCGUGCGGGGAGCGCAAUCGGACCUCACGAGAAUUGUACAUGCUCAACAUCGUGUUUGCCAUUGGAGCCGGCAUCAUCGUAGGAAAACCCGGUCCACCAUCGGACGCAACCCCCAACGGGCGCAAACCUCCCAACGAUGCGGACCCGCAAUCCCCAAGCGCAAAGAAACGGCGGCUUGCAGGCCAGCAGCACCAACCCGAAGAGUAUCACGCCUCGGCGAUUAUCCAUCUCGAGAAUUUCCUUGGCUCGUCGCCUGCAGCGGACCGUCCCGACGGGUUUGGUGGGGGCCUCGAGGAACUGCAGGCGGUGCUGCUGCUGGCUGGGUUUGCGCUGCUGAGGCCGGUUGCGCCCGGUUUGUGGUACAUUGUGGGUGUUGCUGUCAGGUUGGGGGUCGAUCUGGGGUUACACUAUGAGGACGGUGUAGGCAUUGAUGCGUCCCGGUCGGAAGACCCGAGAGCUGGGGUUCUCGAGCAGAAGGAAGCAGAGCAGGGCGGCAGGGGCGGCGGUGCGAAAAUCGAUCCCAAGGAAAGGGGUCGCCGAGAGUGGGUUAGGGACCUUCGGAGACGAUUGUGGUGGUGUGUCUACUCGUUUGAUAGACUGGUGAGCAGCUGUGUUGGCAGACCUGUCGGUAUCACGGAUCAGGUCAUCACGACCGAUUUCCCCUCGAUGCUGGACGAUCGGUACAUCACCAAGGAAGGUUUCCUGGAUCCGCCGGGUUCGGAGAGGCCUACCUACAAGAUUGUGGCCUAUCACUAUUUCAGGCUCCGUCUGUUGCAGUCAGAAAUCCUGCAAGUGCUGCAACACCGCCAGGCGCAGCAGGCCCGGGCCACUGGCGCGAGUCACGGCAAUGAGUUCAUGCACACAAAGCUCCCGUCGCCUUUCCUUGCCAACUUCGACUCGUUCCGCCAAUGGCGGAUGGACAUCGACAGACGGUUGCAGGAAUGGAAGGACUCUUCUCCCACACAGGUGGAUUCCGGCGUCCAGUUCUCGCCCCUGUUCUUGGAAUUGAAUUAUUGGCAAGCGGUCAUCAUGUUGUACCGCCAGAGCCUAGCAGUCCCAGUUGGACUUGCCGGAGAGGUCGGGAAUGCGGAAGGAAACGUCGGCAGUCCCUCUGUGGUGGACAGGGAAGAAAGGGAAGACGAAGAGCUCGUCUUCCUCAAGGUUGCGGAGGCUGGACAAAAGGUGUUGAAGUUAUACAGGCAGCUGCAUCGCGUGCAUCUGGUUAACUAUACGUUCCUGGCGACCCAUCACCUUUUCAUGGCUGGCAUAUCGUUCCUCUAUGCCGUAUGGCAUUCGGUUGCAGUUCGGUCAAUGCUGUCCCUCGACGAUGUCGACUUUACGGUACUAGCAGCCACAUCCGUUCUAGGGGAUCUCAUCGAGAAGUGCCCUCCCGCAGAGGCAUGCAGAGAUGCAUUCGACCGGAUGAGCAAAGCCACCAUCUCCAUGUGCAUGUCCACCACAGGCUUCGGGUCACAGGCGCUUCAAGCUCUGGGGAGAGCUCGUCCGCCAGUUCGGCCCAGUCGCUCUCCGAGCAACACCUCUCCAUCUGCGUCCGAGACGGAUGCGAGGUCCGACGCAGCCCUCUCCACGAAUAGCUACUUCCAGCAGUCGAGGCGUCCCAUACCGAAAUUCGACAUGAACCUGCGUGACUUGUUCUCCGAGGCGGAGACGGACCGGCGCUCAUUCAGUCGUAUUUCCAACCAGCUGAACAUUCUCAAACCGCCACCACUGAUGCAACAUGUAAAGCAGGAACACCAACAGCAGCAGAUGCCACCUUUCCAUUCUGCUGCCUUGAAGAAUUCGCCGCCGAUGCCGCCACAUCAAGGAUUUCGUUUUGACCCGGCUCAACGGCCGCAGCAACCCCUUCAUUCGCCUCAACAGCAGUAUCAACAGCAACAACAACACUUCUCCUCGCCACCACCUAACCCCUCCGUUUCUGCCUCCGUGACCCAGUCCCCCUACCACCAGCAGCAGCAGCAGCAGCAACCCCCGCACCACUCCCAACAGCAACACCAAGACCUACCUACCUACCCCAGCGACGCCUUCGCCUUCACCGACCUCGACUUCCUCGACGGCUUCACCCUGCAAGGCGGCGGUGGCAGCAGCGGCGCGGACGGAACGGGGACCCAGGAUCUGGGGUUUGAUCUAGGGUUCCUGGGCGAUGGGACGCAUGACUGGAGUGAGGGGAAUGGGGUGGAUCUCUUUGAUGGGUUUUUCUUUGGGGGAUCCGCUGCGGGGGCGGCGGGGUCGUAG